AAGAGGAAGUUUGAGGCCAGCCUAGGCAAUUUAACAGAACCUGUAUCAAUCACGGUUGUUGCCUAUCUGAAACUCUCGCCCUGGAAGAGAACAAGAGAAGCACAAAGCAUUCAGACUUGAAACCCUGACAUGGACUCAGACUCAGAUGCUUUCAGUAUCACUGCCUCCUGGGUCCAGAUGGAGUCCUCUACAGUCUUUUAUGAUUAUCAUGAUAAAUUAAGUCUUCUAUGUGAGACUGACAUCUUCAUUUCCAACGUCUCCAUCAUUGUCCUGUACUCUCUGGUAUUUCUCCUCAGUUUGGUGGGUAACAGCCUGGUGUUGUGGGUCUUGGUGAAGUAUGAGAAUCUAGAGUCACUCACCAAUAUCUUCAUCCUCAACCUGUGUCUCUCAGACCUGAUGUUCUCCUGCCUACUACCUGUGUUGAUCUCAGCACAAUGGAAUUGGUUUUUAGGUGACUUCUUCUGCAAGAUCUUCAACAUGAUCUUCUGCAUCAGCCUCUACAGCAGCAUCUUCUUCCUUACCAUCAUGACCAUCCACAGAUACCUGUCUGUAGUGAGCCCCAUCUCUACUCUGGGUAUCCAUACUCUCCGCUGCCGUGUGCUGGUGACCACAACUGUGUGGGCAGCCAGCAUCCUGUCCUCCAUCCCUGAUGCUGUCUUCCACAAAAUGAUUUCCUCACAAUGUAUUUAUUAUGAACGUCAUGGGCACUUGGCCUCAGUCUACCAGCACAACAUCUUCUUCCUCCUCUCCAUGGGGAUCAUCUUGUUCUGUUACGUACAGAUUCUCAGGACUUUGUUUCGCUCAAGGUCCAGAAAGAGACACCGAACAGUGAGGCUCAUCUUCACCAUCGUGGUAGCAUACUUCCUCAGCUGGGCUCCCUAUAACCUCAUUCUCUUCCUGAAAACUGGAAUCAUCCAGCAGAGCUGUGAGGGCGUGCAGCAGCUGGAAAUUGCUAUGAUCAUCUGUCGCAGUUUGGCCUUCUCCCACUGCUGCUUCAACCCAGUGCUUUAUGUCUUUGUUGGGGUCAAGUUUCGCAGACACCUUAAAAGUCUCCUCCAGCAGGUCUGGCUGUGCCGGAAGACAUCCAGCGCCGUUCCAUUCUCCUGCUCCCCUGGUACCUUUACAUAUGAGGGCCCCUCCUUCUACUGAGAGGCUGACUAGGAGAUGACUAGGAGAUGACUAGGAGAACUGAAGGACGACAAGGAGAAGUGGAUCAGGAAGGAAAAUAUAACAGUGAAGAUACCAGCAGCUAAAGCAGAGGUGUGGAGGAAAGACAUGAUGCCUAUGGGAAAGUGGCUUCCAGCUGGGCAAUCCAAAGCAACACUUCCUGCACUCAGUUCAUCAUUCAUUCUCUUAAUUAGACAUAGAUUUCUUAUCAGUGAUUGGUCAGAAGAUCCUAAAUGGAAAGAUUUCUGGACUUUGGGAGAGCUUGAAGUUGAUAGUAUGUGCUAAAUGUGCAGUGAUGUUGCUGGCACACAGGGUUGUCCCAACCUUUUUUAUUUUUUCACCUUGGUGACGGCUGACUCUGUGGCUCUUAGCAGCUACUGGAGAAAAUUGUCUUCAGGUCAAGAAUAAUCACAUCUUCAAAUAAGUACAGUCACAAUGAAGUCUAGACCAUAAAAUCCCACUAAAAUGAAGAUAGUUCUGUAUUCUGGCAACAACUGCUAACACGUAAACUGGCUUUUAAAUAUUUAGUUCAUAACUGAAGGAAUAAAUACAAUAUGUGCUACUGUC